AUGCAGCUCACCAACCUUCUCGCUCUCGCUCUGUCCCUCGCGGCUGCCGAGGCUGCCCACAAGGGUUUCAACUACGGCGCUGCUAAGUCCGAUGGCAGCAGCAAGGUGCAGGCCGACUUCGAGGCCGAAUUCAAGACCGCCAAGAACCUCGAUGGCGCCUCCGGAUUCAACAGCGCCCGAUUGUACACCAUGAUCCAAGGUGGCUCCACCAACGACCCCAUAUCCGCCAUCCCUGCCGCCAUCAAGGAGAAGACCUCCCUUCUGCUCGGCCUCUGGGCCUCCGGUGGUGGCAUGGACAACGAAAUCGCCGCCCUCAAGAACGCCAUCGAUAAGUACGGUGAGGACUUCACCAAGUUGGUCGUCGGUAUUUCCGUCGGUAGCGAGGAUCUUUACCGUAACUCCUACGAUGGUGUCAAGUCCAACGCCGGCAUUGGAAUCGGCCCCGACGAGCUCGCCGGCUACAUCAAGAAGGUCCGUUCAACCAUCUCCGGUACCAGCCUGAGCAAGGCUUCCAUUGGUCACGUCGACACCUGGACUGCCUGGACCAACGGCUCCAACUCGGCCGUUGUCGAGGCCGUCGACUGGCUGGGUUUCGACGGAUACCCCUUCUUCCAGAACACCAUGGACAACUCCAUCUCCGAUGCCAAGAAGCUGUUCGACGAGUCCGUUGAGAAGACCAAGUCCGUUGCCGAUGGCAAGGAGGUCUGGAUCACCGAGACCGGAUGGCCCGUUAGCGGCGACAAGCAGAACCUGGCUAUCGCCAACACCGAGAACGCUAAGAAGUUCUGGGAUGAGGUCGGAUGCCCCCUGUUCGACGAGGUCAACACCUGGUGGUACAUCCUCCAGGAUGCUGCUCCCACCACCCCUAACCCCAGCUUCGGUAUUGUCGGCAGCGAGCUGACCACCAAGCCUUUGUUCGACCUGACCUGCUCCAACAAGAACUCGACCAGCUCCUCCGGCUCCGGCUCUGGCUCUAGCUCCUCCGGCUCCUCUGGAUCUUCGGGCUCCAAGAACUCCGACGGUUCCAGCUCCUCUGGUUCGUCUGGACACUCCUCUGGCUCCGGCUCAGGCUCCGGCUCGUCUUCCUCCGGCUCUUCUAGCUCUUCAGGCUCCUCUUCCUCUGGAUCUGCUGGCGCCGACGCCAGCGGCUCCGUGACCGCCUCUUCUUCCGCCGCUGCCGGUACUGGUGCUUUCCGUGGACGUCCCCCUUACAACUUCGGCAAGGGCGGCUACAACUUCACCCACGGCUACAACUCCACCCACCCUAGACCCUCCAAGACCUCCGGCUUCCACUCCGCUUCUACCUCCGGAAGCUCCUCUGGCUCUGGCUCUGGCUCUGGCUCUGGAUCCGGUUCCGGAUCCGGCUCCGGAUCUGGCAGCGGCAGCGGCAGCGGCUCUGGCUCCGACGCCUCCAGCAGCACUGGCAGCUCUCCCUCUUCCAGCAUCACUCCUUCCAGCGGUGCUGCCAGCCUUUCCAGCUCCAUCUUCGGUGCUGCUGUUGCUGUCGGUGCUUUCGUCGCUCUGCUGUAA